UCGUUUCCGAGAUGUUGGAACUCUUCUGUCGUAAGAUAAGAAACGGUAUGUCGAUCACGUGACAACGUCAAAAUUUAGGGCACUUUUAGUUCAACAGCGGUAAAUUUUCAAAACAAUGGGUAGGACCAAGAAAGCCGACGGAAAAAGAAAUUUAUGUUGUGUUGUUCCCGGUUGUAAAUCGGAUACUAGAAAGAACACUGACAAACACGAGUUUAUGAAGAAUGUGGACUUUUAUCCUUUCCCAACAAAGAUAAAAAAUGCUCAGUUGAGGAGAAAGUGGUUAAAAAUGAUUGAUAGACCAGCUGAUUAUGACCCCCCUGCGUGGCACCGUGUUUGUAGUAGACAUUUCGUUGGUGGAAGAAUGACUGCACAAAACAAUAUUCCAGAAUUAUUCCAUAAAAAUAAUUUCAAACAACCCUUAUCAGAAAGACCAGAUAGCUCUAUUAAAAAGAGACAAAUACUUGCAGCUGUUAAACCAAGCCAAAGAAAAAGAGAAUUGAAAUUCCAAAACAAAGAUAUUCCAAAUGAAACAACUGAUGUUAUAUGGAUAGAUGAGAAAGAGAACCAGCCAUCAGUAUUUACACAGGAUGAUAUUGCAAAAAAUGUUCCCAUAUCUAUCAAAGAAGUUGAAGUUGAAACUGUUAAAGAUAUCAUAGAUGUUCCAGAGGAUCACAGCUACAGUUUUAGUACAACAACUAUAAAACACAAAAGUUAUUCAACCUAUCGUGACAUUGGGAUUCAAACAGACGUUGACAAUGAAUUUAUUGAGCAACUAGAAACAAAAUUAAAAAAGGCUAAUGAGAAUUUAAAAGAUAAUGCAUUUUUACUACGAGACAGGUUUAUGAAAAAAGUUUUACGUGAUGACAAAAGUAUUUGUUUUUAUACUGGUUUCCCUAGUCUUCAUAUGUUUAAUGGAAUUUUUCAAAUAUUAGACAGUUAUGAAACAAAUAUAAAAUACUGGAAUGGACCAGACAGUAUAAAUGAAAAAAAGUAUGAAGAAAGAGAACAUUUAAAACCAGGUCCUAAAAGAAAGCUGUCUAGAUACCAUGAAUACACAGUUACUAUGAUAAGGCUCCGGCAAGCUCUACCAGAAAAAAUGUUGGCAGAUAUAUUUGGUGUUUCAGUUAGUAGAAUAUCUCAAAUAUUUACAACAUGGAUAUAUUAUAUGAAGUCUAUAUUAAAAGAUCUAGUAGUAUGGCCAUCCAAAGCUUUAAUUAAAAAGCAUAUGCCUGCAUCAUUUAAGAAAUCAUAUCCAAAUACCACAGCUGUAAUUGAUUGUACAGAAUUGUUUAUACAAAGGCCAAGGAAUCCAACAACUCAAGCUAAAACAUUCAGUACUUACAAGUCCCAUAACACGUAUAAAUGCUUAGUCAGCAUAACUCCAAAGGGUAAUUUUAAUUAUAUUUCGGAUCUUUAUGGAGGCAACACAUCUGAUAGAUAUAUUACUGAACAUUCUGGGUUCCUUGAUUUAGUAUCAGCAGGAGAUGAAAUUAUGGCUGACCGCGGAUUCAGGAUAAGAGACCUUCUUCUUGAGAGAAGGGCUUAUUUAACUAUGCCCCCUUUUACUAGAAAAUGUUCAUGGGGAAAGGGAAAACGUUUGACGGCCUAUGAAAUAAGGAAAACCAGAAAAAUUGCUAACGUAAGAAUAUAUGUUGAACAAGCAAUACAGAGAAUGAAGAAAUUCAAAAUGUUAUCUCAGAUUCUACUAUGGACACAAAAACCACUUGUUUAUCCCAUGAUGAUAGUGGCUGGAUUUAUUUGCAAUUUGAUGAAACCGUUAGCUAAUAAAUGAUCAAACAGUAGAUACAAUGUACAUGUAGUUGUCUCAUUUGAAAUCACACGACACCUUGAUUUUGUAAUUUUAAAGAAUUUGGCCCCUUAACCCUUCAGGUCUGUUUAAUUAUCCUGGUUUAAAUGCCCUUCAAAAGAUUGACUCCUCGAGUUGGAGAGGUCUAGGGUGCUAAUUACCCUAGCCAGAUCAAACCAAAGACUUUAAAAUUAGUAUUUGCUGCUUCCCUGGUAGACACACAGUAUUAAUGAGUAGAGCAAAGAUUGGUGACCUGAAUCAGAAUAAUGUGUCUGGGUAAGGUGAAAUGUCUUUCAGCGGACAAUUACCUUUUGAGUGUUGGCUAACACAAAACAGAAUUAUUAUUUGUAUACAUUACAUUAACUUUUUCUUGUCAAGAAUAUGCAUAAUAAUUGCCACUGGACAAUUCUGGAAGUAUUAAAGCAGUCAUCUUUCAUAUAUCAAAAAGAUUGAUAAAAAACAA